CGGUCUCUCCACUCAUAGCCGUCUUCUUAUUGUUCAAAUGCUUUCUCUCCUUUCAGAAGCCUCGAAGGUUCUUCAGUGACUUCAUAUCAAUCAGAGCUUCCGCUUCAAGAAAUCGCAGUCUAGGGCUUCCGAGAACACGCGCCGCCUUCUUUGCGACUUCUCCGGCAGCUGUGGCAGGUUCGUCGCAAUGAGUGUAGUGAACAUCUGUAACGUGGCCGUGUUGGACAACCCGGCGCCGUUUCUGACCCCUCUCCGGUUUGAAAUCUCCUACGAGUGCGUCGCUUCUCUCAAAGAAGAUUUGGAAUGGAAGCUCAUUUAUGUUGGAUCGGCUGAGGAUGAAACCUAUGAUCAACUUCUUGAAAGUGUACUUGUUGGCCCAGUUAAUGUUGGAAACUACCGUUUUGUUCUGCAGGCAGACCCUCCUGAUCCGUCAAAAAUCCGAGAAGAAGAUAUAGUCGGUGUGACUGUACUCCUGUUGACCUGCUCGUACUUGAACCAGGAAUUUUUACGAGUUGGAUACUACAUAAACAAUGACUAUGAUGAUGAUAAGCUAAGAGAAGAACCACCAACGAAGGUGCAAAUUGACAGGGUUCAGAGAAACAUACUUUCGGAUAAGCCUAGAGUCACAAAGUUCCCCAUUAAUUUCCACCCCGAAAAGAAUAGUGAAAGUGCUGAUGCUGAACAAGCCCCCCCUCCGCCUGAUGAUCAGCCCACUGGACAGGAACAGUAACCGUUUGGUCUUCAUUCUUUCAUCUGACAUUUUGGUUUUGAUUCUGAUGAAGCUGUUCAUCCAUCGUGAAGACAUGCCAUUUAAACUCUUUUUUUGUGUGUUUCUCCCACCAAUCGGGUGUGGUAUGCUUUGAACUUGAAUCUUUUCGUUUCAUUGGCAAGUUGCUUAUAGUUGUUCAAUGGAACAGAUCAUGCCCUUCAUGUAGUAUCAUUUCUUCUUAAUUCCUUUAUUUGCCAUUG